AUGAGAUCACUAAUAUUGUUAAUACAUGUUGUGGUCUGCUUACUCCUUAUUGGAGGGGGUGACAGCAGAAAAGUAUUCAAGCUCUCCGAGGAGAAAUCCGAAUCUGAAUCCACCUUCGAGUACAAUGCCAUCAGCUGCAGAGCCCACAGCGCUUCGCUCACUGAUUUCGGAGGAGUAGGAGACGGCAAGACAUCAAACACAAAGGCCUUUCAAGCCGCAUUCAACCACCUGAGUCAGUACUCAACCCAAGGAGGCGCUCAGCUUUACGUUCCGGCCGGGAAGUACUUGACCGGUAGCUUCAACCUCAUCAGCCACUUCACUCUUUACCUCCACAAAGAGGCUGUUCUCCUCGCUUCUCAAGACCCCCAAGAAUGGCCGGUGCUCAAACCACUCCCGUCUUACGGCAGAGGAAGGGACGCACCAGGUGGACGCUACGCGAGCCUCAUAUUCGGCACCAACCUCACCGACGUCGUCAUCACCGGAGACAACGGCACAAUCGACGGUCAAGGUGAAUUCUGGUGGAACAAAUUCCACAGUAAAAAGUUACAGUACACCCGCCCGUACCUGAUUGAGAUAAUGUUCUCCACCAACGUGCAAAUAUCUCAUCUCACUCUUUUGAACUCUCCAUCAUGGAAUGUACAUCCCAUUUACAGCAGCAAUAUACUAGUGCAAGGAUUGACCAUCAUAGCUCCGGUGAGGUCUCCGAACACAGAUGGAAUUAAUCCGGAUUCAUGCACAAACGUCAAGAUUGAGGACUGUUACAUUGUCUCCGGCGACGACUGCGUGGCCGUCAAGAGCGGUUGGGACCAGUACGGCGUGUCGUUGGGUAUGCCAACCAAGCAACUAGUGAUCAGACGACUUACUUGUGUUUCGCCUUACAGCGCCGCCAUUGCAUUGGGCAGCGAGAUGUCCGGCGGGAUUGAAGACGUCAGAGCAGAAGACAUCGUGGCCAUUGAUACGGAAUCCGGGGUGAGGAUCAAGACAGCUGUAGGGCGAGGAGGGUACGUGAGGGACGUGUACUUAAGGAGAAUGGAAAUGCACACCAUGAAGUGGGCGUUUACGAUGAGUGGCGAUUAUGGGUCACACGCUGACGAUGGCUAUCACAAGAAGGCGUUUCCUGAGAUCAAAGGGAUUCACUACAGGGAUGUGGUGGCUGAUAAUGUGACGAUGGCGGCGAAACUGGAGGGGAUUGCUGGCCAUCCGUUUACGGGGAUUUGCAUGUCGAAUGUGACAGUUGGAUUGGCUGCCAAGGCAAAGAAGCAGCCGUGGAGCUGUGCUGAUAUUGAGGGGGUUGCAAGUGGCGUGACGCCGACACCGUGUGAUUUGCUACAGUGCUACACGGUGAUGAUCCGAGUCAGGGUGAUGUUGCUAGUGGUGGCUGUGAUUUUCCUGUGGAUGUUGUACCAAUAA